AUGUUCGAAGUGGCUGAAUCGGGAGUUGUGAGGUUUUGAGAAGGUUCGUAGCUGUGGAUUUCGUUUUAUAGAAAAGGAUGAUUUCAAGUUUAAAAAAGUUCGAAAACGCUGAAAUCGAAGCAGGAAGGGCUCUGAACCGUUUCUUGAACGAGGUGCGAAGAAUUUAUAAAAAAAAUUAGUGGAUUGAGAAGUUUUGAACGCCCUAUAUGUAACGUGAUGAAAAAAAAAAAUUAAGAUUGACAAGGUUUUGGCCUUUUGAAAAAUAAAAAAUACUAGAAGUGAAAUUUCUCCACAGUGAAUCUUGAUUUGAAGGGUUUGGUAAGUUUCUGAAAGGCUGUAGAAGAUCACGAAAGCUUGCCAAAAACUUGAAAAAGAAUUCCACGUUUCAGGUUCGUUGAUCUGAUGACGCCGUCGACGGCUCCAGAAUAUGUGAAGCUGGUCAUUUCCUGCUUGAACUACAAUAUCGACGGACUUUCUCGAGUUGUGCUCAGUAAAGCGUUGACUUCGACUAAUGAGGUAUUUAUUAAGGGGGUGUAUUUCUGAGCUUCAAGGGGGGUGUAUUUUUCGAGCUUCAAAGGGGGGUGUAUUUUUCGAGCUUCAAGUUUGACGAAUUGGCAGCCAGUAGAGAAGCUCAAUGCCCCCUCAACCUAAUAUAAGGUUUUUUUUUUCAUUAACUUAUGAGAAUAAAGGUGUAACUUGACAUUAUUUCAGGAUGCCCGAACCUGGUCGACUCGCUUCCUUGGCUUGUUAUCUUCUCUCCGACUACCGUCCUUCUCAGAAUGGGGAAUCAAAUUGAUGCUCCGUCAAUUGGGAGAUAUGUCUGUCAAAGUUGUCCGCAAUGCUACGACUGUACUUCAUCAAGCUUUGCCGGUUCGUUUUUUGAAAGGAAGGAUCCCACCCCGGGGUGCGGCCUAUCCCCCUCAAACUGCGGCCUACCCCCUCAAACUGCGGCCUACCCCCUCAAACUGCGGCCUAUCCCCCUCAAACUGCGGCCUACCCCCCUCAAACUGCGGCCUACCCCCUCAAACUGCGGCCUACCCCCUCAAACUGCGGCCUACCCCCUCAAACUACGGCCUACCCCCCUUUAAACUGCGGCCUACCCCCCAAAAAAAGCGCGGCCUACCCCCUAAAAAAAUGCGGCCUACCUCCAAAAAGUGCGGCCUACCCCCCUUUAAACUGCGGCCUACCCCAAAAAGCGCGGCCUACCCCCUCAAAUUGCGGCCUACCUCCAAAAAGUGCGGCCUACCCCCCGAAAAGUGCGGCCUACCCCCUCCAACUGUUUUUUCUGAGGAUUUAAGAACUCUUGAUAUCUUAGAGAGGUAAUAAGAAGUUAAUAACGAAGAUCCUCGUUUAAAGCAGAUUUUCGAGAAGUUCUGCUCUUUUUGUACCUCAAAAGCCUUGGCCGCACUUGAAAUGGCUUGAAGCACGGCUUCCUAACAAACUUGACACCUUUAGGAACGCCAUAGUGGCCCCUUUAGGGUUGGUAGAGUGGUUUUACAUGACACAGAAAUAUAAUAUAGGAGUUGAUAGAGUGGUCCCUAGAGGAGAACCUUCAGGGGGCUCAAAGGUUGCCCCUAAAGCGACCACUCUGGAGUUUCUAAGCCUAGUAUAGUUAUUGAUGAUAUCGCGCGCAAGUCGUUCUGGGUCUUUUAAAGCAUUUGAGCCAUUCCAAGUGCGACCAAAGAUUUUCAGGUUGAUGAAAAUUUUGUAUACAAUCCUCGUAUUGAGCAGAAUUGUUUCUAUUAUCAUGAGCUUCCUAAAAUUUGAAAAAAAAGAUUUUUCAGGCCUACCCAAGUGCGGCCCGCAACCUCUACGAUCGGAUCCAAUGGAGCAACUUUGGCGACGCCGGGAUUCUACUCCGAACUCAUUCGUUUGCCGAUGAAAAAACCUGCCAAGACAAUAUUGAUAGUGUCGUGGCGGAGAUUGAUCACUGGAUGCUUGUUCGUUUUUUUUUAAUGGUGUACAGGCUAUUUUUGUGGAGAAUAUGUGCUCCAUGGCUAAAUUAUGACAGUUUUCUUGAGAUUCGAAACGGACAGACUUGCAAUGUUUCCUGUAUCAUGGAUAUUUAAGGAAUAUUUUUAAAAAAAUUUAAAUUUUUUUAGGUUGAUUGAAGCAUAAACACUAUAUUUUUUUAAUAUACUUUUGCCAAGAGACAGAUUCUGUAGGUUUGAAAAAGAUAUUUGAAAUUUUAUAGCUCAUCCUGGUUAAGAGUAAGGGCUCCGGAACGAAAAAGAGCGUUUCCAAAAAGAAAAGGCUGAUUUUUAAUGACUUUCUGUGCUCCACGGUGAAAAUACCUAGAUUUUCAGGACUUCAACAAGUCGUAUGUUUCGAUAAUCGACGAGGAAAUGAGGAUAGCCCUUUUGUCGAUCCGUCGCUCGACGGAUGGAUCUUUUGCCAGAUCCAGUGGGGAUCGGUGAGUUUUAGGGUUUUCCAGAAAAGUUAGUCAAGCUCGCUCUAUGGAUAAAAUUGGCAAAGAGGCUUGUCUAGUCUAAUUUUGAUGGGAGAGUUGAUGAAAUAACCUUUUUUCCUCUAUCAGUCUCACUUGUCUGCGCUCUCUUAUGCCUCUUCUGCAAGGCCAUAGAAUUAGAGAAAUAGCAUGUUAACAUGAGAUUGUGAGAGAAAAUAAGAGAAUGUAUAUCAUAUUUCACUCUAACAGUAUCUAGCUUUUCUGCGCUCUCCUUUCUCUCUUCUGCGAGAUCUUAGAAUUAGAGAAAUAGCAUGGCGAAAUGAGAUAGUGAGAGAAAAAAAGCAGGUUUUCUUUUAACAGUCUCACCGGUCUGCGCUCUCUUUUCCCUCUUCUGCAAGGUCAUAGAAUUAGAGAAAUACCAUGUUAACAUGAAAUUAUGAGAGAAAAAAGGAAAUUUUCUUUUAACAGUCUCACCUGUCUGCGCUCUCUUUUCUCUACACUGCAAGUACAUAGAAACACAAAAAAUAGAGAAAAAUAAGGGUACAAGAAAAUCAGAAGGUUUCAAGUUGUUGCAAAUGAACUAUAGGCAAGAAACAAACAAAACGACAUUCUCAGACCGGAACGCUACCCGGUCCGGUUGCCGCCUCAUCUGUUUGCCAAGCUGGCGACGCACGAAGUCGGCCGACGUCUUCUGGUCGAAGGCCGCGUCUGCGCCCUUCUGAUGCGCCCCAUCCAGUCGGCGACGUCGACAAACAAGGAGAAAGCCAACGACGUCGUCGACGUUCCCAAUCUCAAGUGUUGCCUGAUGGCCAUGGCAAGCAUCGGAUGUUGCGAUGCAGGUGUGACCGAAAAAAGUGGGAAAAAUGAGGUUCAAGGGUGCUCCUGCUAGUGCGCUCCAUUGAGAAAACGUGAAAAAGAAUCCUCAAGAUCUGAAGAUGUAGCAGCUUUUACUUUUCAUAGCUUCUGAAGAGCCAGAUCUCUUGCAAGAGUGCUCCACGGAGAAUAUUUUGAAGAUCUGAAAAUUCUUGCACCUCGGUAAACGGGACGCGCUACGGACGUUUCUGUGGAACUAUAGGGACCACUUAAGAGUUCUGAUUCUACUAAAGUGGUCACUAGAAGGACUCCGACACGUUCGUGGCGCGUUACCAAAAAUCUGGGUUUGAAUAUGUAGGAAAAAAUUUCGAAAAUCAAAAAAUCAGUCGGAAUGCCUGAAAGUGCGCUCCAAGGAUGAAUUUUGAGAAAUUUAGGGGUUUAGAAUGUAUAAUGGAUAAACGAUCUAAAGAUAUAGAUGAAGGUUUUGGAACUUUCGUCUAAAUGCGUCAAUUGCGCUCCACUGAUAAAAGCCUUCGAAUUUAACCUUUUCAACCGUUUUAUCGAGCUUUAUCCUUCAUGUAUUUAAUAAUAGGAAAUAUUCAAGCUUAUUGGCUUUUUUGAUUGGUUCUAAACAGAUUUGAUAGGAAAAAUUAAAAUUUCAGUUUUCUUUGAAGCCCUUUUAGUCAAUUUUUAAUGGAUUUUUCAAAAGAUAGGCAAUUUUUUCAUAAAGUAUCCUCCGAAAGAAAAAGGGAGACUCAUCCUUCUCCUUGUAACUUCCAGGAUUCAUGCUCCUCCCGACAGAAGCCCUGCCGAAAAUGGUGAAACUCGCCGAAAGUUCGCCCGUUUUGAGCGUCCGCGGAGUCGCCUACUGGGCGCUGACCAUCAUUUCCCAGUGCAAGGCCGGCUCGAAGGCCUUGGCCCUGUUCGGAUGGGAGAGCAACAGAUUCCGAUACCUAGUCGAUGAGGUCAGGAUCUCGGAGCGGAGAAACUCUUCUGCUGCCAAUUAUUCGCUUGGAACUCCAGUUCAGCACGAUAAUACGCUGUAUACGAACUCGACGACGACUUCGGAGGUGAAUUGUGCUCUAUUGGGAGUUGAGAAAGAAAUACAUUCGUUUCUCGGAAAUUGGUAACGCGAAUCUUGCCAUUUCUAGGGAACACUUUAGUAGCGUUCGCACUCUUAAGUGAUCCCUAGAAUCGCUCAGAAACGUCCGGAGCACGUCCGUUUCGCGUUAACAAUGUCUGAGUAAAAAGGAGUUUUUUAAAAAAUAUCUGAAGGAAGCUCGAAAUCAAAAAGAUUUUCAAGCUUUUCGGAACUCCUUGGUCGCAUUUGGAAUGGCCUAACAGCUGUGAAAAAGCCUAGUUCCGCAAAAAUCUGUUUUAUACUGUCUCUAUUCUAUUUCAAAGUCAAAAUCGGAACGGCUAGACGCGUGACAGCAUUCAACCCCUACUAAGCCAUUCCAAGUGCGACCAAGAACGUUCAGAUCUUCAAAAAGUUUGCAAAAGUCUGUUUUUUGCUCCGCCUUUUCUAAUUUUUGAAGCCGGUGGUCGACUAUGGAAUGACUAGACGCGUCACGGCUGCAGAGCGGUUUUUUUGAGCUGCGCCCGACCGGUUACGACUUGCGCACGACAACACUCAAACUGUCACAUCAAACUACUGAAUGACACACCAGAUGUGGAACAGAGUCUAACCGCAACGAAACCGUGACGCUCUGAGCCAUUCCAAGUGCGACCACCGAAACUUUGUUCAUUAGACUAAAAAGUGUUCAGAAAAGCACUGUUCGAAGUUUCUUUUUUUUUCUAUAGUCCGUUCAGAUUUUGAAUGUCACGUAGAAUGGCGUCAUUCGAAAACGCUCUGUGGAUGGCUCGCUUUCUGAUUGGUUUAUCGCGCCAUUAGGGGCGGAGUUUGAGCGAGGACUUGACAUUUAAAAUCUGAACUAUAUAGGCUCAAAACAGUCUAGGAGACGGUGUUUCUAAAUUUUCUUGAAGUAUGUGUCAAAUGGACUAACAAAUCUCAUUCAGCCAUUUACCAACACUGACACGAAAAACUAUGAAACUGACACGAAAGAGGACGGAAAACGACACCGAAGUGCGAGCAUGAUGUACUCCUCGGGCCGAUUCUUGGAGCAACAACGGCGACGAAGCCGGAGUGUUCAGUCGGCACCAUCCAAGUCACUUCAGGAGACGUCGCAGAAGGUUAAGGGAUUCCUAAUCUUCUUUUCUGAUUAUUCGCUCGAAAACCAGGACUUCCUAGAGGGCCCUUGAGUCAACCGGAAGCGAAAAAAAGUUCCCUCGUCAUUUUUCUGUCUCUUGUUGAUCCAUUUCAUCUUCAAGGCUUAUAAAAAUAAAGACGAUGAAGAUUAUCGUUUUCAAGGUCGCCUGGCACGAGAUGACGCCAUCGCAGGACAUCGACAGCGACAUCGUCCAACGAGCCAGGACCAUGACGACGGCGACGUUCGACUCGGCCAGCGGCCACAGUUCGGCCGGGCCCGUGACAAGGACCGCGACCGCGACAACGCGUGCCUCGACCCUUCACGACGACGACAUCUCCGACAUCUCCAGGAAUGCAGAACUUCUGGAGCAGAAAAGGAUGAGGAGGCUUAGAGCCGCCAGUGCGGCUCUGUUCUUGGAGGAUGCUGAAGUUAGAGCAAGGUUCUAGAAGAUUAUUAAAAAGCCUCGAAAAUUGCUUCAGAACUUCUACCGUUCAUAGGUGUAUUCAACGAGGGUUGUCACUACCGAAGAGCCAGUUGGAGUUGGAGGCAGGGGUGAGAGAAGAGUACAAAAAGGGAAAGUUGAAAAAUCAAGAAAAACCGAGACUUAAGAAAGAGUUGUAUAGAGGCGACGUUAGAGGCUCUUGAAUAUUUCCUCCUAGGGACCCUAUAGGGGACACUAAAGCUUGCUCAAGUGACCCUUAUGGUGGAGCAUGCCAGUAAAUUUUUGCUAAAGAAUAAGCAUUUCUAUGUGAGAAAAAUCGAUAAUUUGUCUUUUUUGAAUGAAAAGAUAUGAACAGAGUAUCAAUUUAUUAUUAAAAAUCUGAGCGAAAUGUUGAAAGAUCCUUGUAGGGACCACUUAAGCGUUUAGGGGUGAGACUCAAAAACCCUAUAGGGGCCAAUUAACGUUUACAGUUAGUCUUUUCAAUUUUCAAAUCAUAACAAAACAGUGAUAGAGCUCUAUAGGGACCACUUAAGCGUUUAGGAGCCCAGGGGUCAAAACCCUAUAGGGACUACUUAGAUUUAAACCUAUAAGGAGCACUUUUGUCCCCUAUAGAGGCUGAUAAUCCUUAAACCCUUAAGGGACCACUUUGGUUUUCUUAAGUAGUGGAGAAAAGCCAAUUUACCAGUGUCUAGAGCUCUCAGUGCAGCUUAAUCACAAGAAACUUUAUUUUGGCGAAGGAAAUUCCAGGAAAUGAUUAUUCGAAAAGCAACAAGAUCAUCAUUCGCUCAAUUACCAGCUGUUGGACCAUUGAAAAGUUGAUUUUUGUAGACUGAAAUGCUAGAAAUUUGGCUGUAGUGAAGCUAGGGACCAGAAAAAACAGCUUUUUCGGAUUUAAGAAGUGGCUGAAGUGACAAAAAGUCUUUUUUGUACAUUUUUAUAAAAUUUAUUGGAAGUUAUGAGCUUACCGGUGCAGAUAAAUGAGCAAAAAACAAAUUCCAGUACAAUUUUUUUGAAUCAGAUCAACUUGAAAUACAUUUCGAAACGAAUUUUGAAAUUUCAACAGAUGGCCGACAUCACCCGAGCCCCUCAUUUCUCGAGUCGAAUGCGAAAAAAAUAUCACCUGGCUCCGAUCCAGCAACGAACCCAACUGACCAUCAACCGGAACGAGGGCGACCCGAUUCGCUACGUUUUUAUGACUAAGGAUGAGGUAUAAUUAUUAGGAAAAUGGGCGUUUUGCUUGAAAUCGGUCAGGUGUUUGAUAAUUCCCUGCUGUCCAGGUUUGAGAUGAGAAAUAAACCGAAAGAGCCCAGAAAACCAUGAAAAUUAAAGAUGAGAGCGAUUUUCACGACUUUUAGCUUGAUAUCCGCCCAGUUUGAAGUGAUCACUUAAGGGCUACAGUAGGCUCUAUUUUUCCGCGUUUUCGUUGUUCAGGAACGCUCUUUUCGGCUUUCAGAAGACUCAGAAAGUUUUGUAGUUGGAAUUUUACUUCUAAAAAAACCACUUCGCUGCGAGACCUUUAAAAGUUUUGCCUAUGAUCCUUCAAAAGUCUCAAAAAGCUCUUAUAUUCAUUUGACUGGUUUGUGACGUCAUGGGAUGAUGAAGCCGUGGUUUUCCUACUACCAAGAUGCCUUGAACCGUUUGGUCACGGCGGGGAUCGAACUUGUGACCCUUUGGACCGUAGACAGGCACACAACCUGUUGCGCUACGGUGCUUUAGAGCGGGUUUUUUGAACUAAAAUGCCCUAUUUAAUAUUCUAAGAGUUCCUGAUGAUUCCUGAACCAUUUUUCAUUAUGAAUAUCAGGAGCGAGAGUUCUCGGCGUUCCGAAAAGCGGUCAUGUCCGACGAUUGGCUCUGGUCCGAGCUUCGGAAGGAGGACAGUAUGCCGGUGAAGCCGGUCGACGCCUUGCCAGUCUAUACCAUUGUCCUACCGGCUGAGGUCCAGGUCAUGUGUGGGGUGAGUUGGGGAGGAUAAAAACGGUCUUGAAUAGCAAUUUAGAGACUCUGACUAUCCCUCAGCUAGGCUUCAGUAAAGAAAAAGAAGUGUAGUUCUUUCCAGAACAUCUUCUCGAGGAAGCAAGCCAAAUCGGGCCGACCGGCGGCUUCAAGUGUCUGCGAGUCGCCCGGAGACCGACCCCGUGCCAAGACCUCCAUCGUGAAUGAAGAUGAAGCCGUCGAGGAUCGUGGCGCGAAGAGCGGCCACGGCCGAAGCCAGAGGACCGACGCCGCGCAGCCGCACUCCAGCUACCGCUGUUUCCAUUGCAGCGGCGGCGGGGCGCCGAUCGUCUUCCCCGACGGCGUCGACGUCGCCGCCAUCCGACGACAGGUCCUUCAUCAGGUCGACAUGCUCGAAAUCAAGGAGUCCAUUCCGGAGAAGCGACUUCUCGGGUUGGUUUUGAGACUUCUAUGAUUCCGGGAUCUUCUAGAACAAGACCAAUUGGGUAAGUUUAUUCUGAAAAUUCUUCAGAUUACGCCAAAAGCACUCCUGGUUCUUCCAAUGGCCGUGUUUGUACGCAGACGUGCUGGAACUCCUGGAUGAGUACCGAUUUAAGCCCCAAUCCCGGUCCUUCCUCCAACAAAUCUUCUACGAUGCCUUGCAAUUGAACUUGUGA